UAAACUAUAUAUAGUUUAUACAUAUUAGAUAUUACAAAUGCGCGUUAUUGUCAAGAAUACAUCAUUGUAAAACAAAUGGACUAAGUCCAUCAUUAAUAUGAUUAACAAAAAUAUGAUCUUCAAAAUCCCAAAUCAAUACAGGAUUUAAAUAAAAUUCGAGAUUGCAAUUCGAUAAGCAUUGAUGGAUCAAAUAAUAUUCUUCGGUGUAAUCUUUAACUUUCGUGUAAUCAACAUCUUUUUAUCUCAAGAUUUUAUGUACCGACGAUCAGCCGGUUACAUCUUUUGUUGUCCGGAAAUCAAUAUGGCGUCGGACGUUAGUCGUACACCGAUGUUAAUAGUCGGUCACCGGUCCAUUUCAACGUGAUUAUUUUCGAGUGUUUCAUACAUUGUUGACCAUACUUAUCGUUGUUCCCAAGAAUGCGUGAGGAUGGAAGAACAUCAUUUGAUGAAACUGAGUCAUAAGCAGUGGCGUCGUAUCGCAAAGAAAGAGCGUCGAAGACGUAUACGACGUAAAAUUGCAAUAGAACGCGACGCUAAUGAAGAACGCUUGAGGGCAGCACUGGAGAGCAAUAUGGAGUAUUUAAAAUUUUCCGCGGAAGAAGAAAAGCGAGAAAAAGAGAAAGAAGCGCAAGAACAAGAGAAGCAUGCGGAACGAGAGAGACUUUGGCUGGAAGAAGAGAUAAGAGUGCAGAAGGAAUGGCAAGUGCUUCAGGAACAAAGAGCAAAGGAGAAACAGAAGAAACUCGAGGAAAGGAUGAAGAUUCAAGAAAAAUUUGAAGCAAAGCGUGCAGCAAUUUUAAAGAAAAAAGAAGAAGAAAGGGAAAAGCGCGAGGAGCAACUUCGCCAACAGCAACAAUUGCAGAAAGAAAUCAACGAUUAUAUUGAUAACGGAAUGAAAACGCCCGAAAUUUUGCGAGAAGUCGUUGAUAACCAACCUAAUAAAGAACUCUGUCCAUUUUUCGCGAAAACAGGUGCUUGCCGAUUUGGAAAUGCAUGUUCUAAGAACCAUCGUAAAAUCUUCCUGAGCAAAGUGAUCUUAAUACCCGGGUUCUAUUCACAUUUUUCUCUUGAGAAACAUUUGGCGGAAUAUGACACUGAUGUGGCUCUCGAGUUUGAGAAUUCAGAAACAUGGAAACAUUUUUGUGAGUUUUACGAGGACGUAGUAAGUGAAUUGGAAUCGUUUGGCAGGAUUAAAACUCUUAAGUGUUGCUGCAACAAGGAAAUUCACUUGCGUGGUAAUCUGUAUGUCGAGUAUUAUACAGAGAGAGAAGCGGCUAGGGCUUGGAGAAAUCUGAAGGGACGCUGGUACGGUGGCAAACGACUCAAUUGCGAGUUUAUCAGCUUGACAUCUUGGAGAAGCUCCGUUUGCGGUAUGACUAAAUGUCCGAAAGGUAGCAAAUAUUGUAAUUUUCUUCAUACCUUCAGAAAUCCGCAAAAUAAGUACAACAUCAAGAGUCCACCCCGAGCAAAAAACUUAUCUCAAGACUCAAGUAAUAGCAGGCGAAGUGAACACAGAAAUAAGUCUAAAUGGGAAGAUCGAGACGAUGACAAAAAAGAUCGCGAUUGGAGGUGGUCGGAAUCGCCCGAGACUGAAUUAGGUCAUCUUUCGAAAGAUUCAAAGGCAAAACGUUCCCAUUCUACAAGAAGAAACAGUUUGCAAGAAUUCUCGCGUGAUAAUAAACAGAAAAGGAGCGCAAGCGUAAGGAGUUCUAAGAUCAAAAUAUCGUCUAAGAAGCACCAUCGAUUGAAUCGCAAGAGAGCCCACCAUGACAACCAUGAAAGCCAGAAUAAAGAAGAUGCACCUAAUGGACCUUCUCUUAAAAAACGUAGGAAGAAAAAGUAGAAAAAUGAGAAGCAGCUUUCCUUUCGGAAAGGAAGAAAUAUUUAAAAAAAUAUUCUUAAAGAAUAAAUCCAAAGAAUAUAAGAAGAUUGUGAAGACAAAUCGAGCAGCUGUAAUUUUAAUUUUAAUUUUAAUAUCGAAGAAAUAAUUUUAUUGAACAUACGAAAGUGAUAUGAACAAUACUAUAUUGUAUCAAUAUUUAGUCAGUUUCAAUUUCAGUAACAAAUUACUUUUUUUUUACGUAAUUAUUAAUUAUUGUAUUUGUACAGUAGUUCUAACUUGAUCAACAACUGAGUCAAUUGUUUGCCUGCGACAAUGUACAAUAUAAAUAAAAUAAUAUAGAGAUUAAG